UUUUCAAGUUAGAGUUUCUUAGAGCUUCAAGCUUUCUUCAAGGCUUUUCAAGCUUCUUCUAAGCUUUUCAAGCUUUCUCUAGGUUUCUCAAGCUCCCUCUAAGUUUUUCAAGCUUCUUCUAGGAUUUUCAAGCUUCUCUUAGACUUUUCAUCAAGAAUGGCGGAAUCCGGCGAUCGUAAUGUCCCGAAGAAGGUGGAGGACCGUCAGGCGGCAAAGCUAGCAAUGAUUCGCAAGAAAGGUAAGCCUAUCUCCAUUCACUCUAGCUAUUCUAGCCUUUCCGAUAUGCUUAUAUCUAGGGGGGAGGAAUUUCCAUCCUUAGUCGACUUAGAUUCGUACUGUCACCAUUCUAACUUUAGAGACACUAAACUUCUCCGAGAAUAUAUUGAUUACUUUAAGAUUCCUCCUGAAUACAUUCUUAAAUUUGUUGAACCUGGGGAGAGAACUUGUCAUUGGGAUCCUUCCCAUCUUUAUGUGUAUAGGGAUACCCUUUUAGCGGGACUUAGGUUUCCAAUUCACCCAUUUAUUCCCGUUCUCUUUGCUGAUGUUAGAAUCAACCCUUGUCAAGUUGGCCCCAAUGGUUGGCGUUUGAUUCUGUGUUUUCUAGUUCUUUGCUUCUUAGAGGAAAUCAUCCCCACUGUUCCUUUGUUUAGGAAAAUUUUCCAAUUUAAGAAUUCUCCCGGAUCCAUUCAAGGCUGGGUUUAUAUCAGCCAUAGGCCAAAGAAACCUCAUAUUUUUAACCCCUACUCCCUUCCGGUGAAGAAUUAUGCUUGGAAGGAUGAGUUUCUGAAACUAGAGUGGGUUGAUGGGGAUUGGGGAACCCUUUUUAGGAGCUCCUUCGCCAAAGUAUCAGAUGGUGGAUUCCACUCCAUUGUCUUGACUAAGGCUGAGAAAUUAGCCUAUAACCAAUUGAUUCAAGGUGGAGAAGAUAGGUUGGCCUGAGAUCUCCUAGACGAGUCUGUGCUCGUAAAGGUUGGACUUUCCCGUGCCGACGCUAGAGGUAUGUUUAAGUACCAGAAUGUUUUAAUGCUCUUGGUUAUUUUUGUUUGAUCGCGUACUGACUUUGUUGUUCCUUUUCAGGGAUCGCGGAGAUCAAUGACUGGAAUUUGCCUUUCGAUGGUACGACGGGAAGGUUGAAGAGGUCCCGGUUGGCGGUUGACUCGAGGAUCCAGGAGCAAGGCCCCUCUAUCCUCCGGCCUCACCGAGAGGGUGACUCUUCGAGUUUUGGUGCUAAGCUUCGAAGCCCCAAGUCUGCUGCUUUCCGUCCCGCUUGGGGGUUUCGGAAAGGGGACUCGGUGCCAGGUUCGACCGAACAUUGCGUGGAUUGGUCGCGGCACUCAAUUACUCCUCCUGAUUGGAGGGUGGUUGUCAUGGGGGCAGAGCUGGAGAGGGUUGAAGCUGUAGGUUGUCAAUCCAUUGCUGCUACCAAUGUUCACUUCCAGGCCGUCCUCGAGCAGGCCAAGGCGUGGCAACGUCAAUCGGAUAAGCAUCGAAAGGACUUUCUUGCUGAGGAGGAGAAGAACAAGGGGCUGGAUACUCAACUCAAGGAUUAUCAGGAAAUGUAUGCUAAGUCCCAUGGCGAUUUGGUCGAGGCCCGGGCGGAUAGGGAGAACCUGAUCGAUGGUUAUCUGGGGUCGAAGGAGUACGAGGCCUUGAUCGUUGCACAAGAUGCCGAGAUAGCUCCAAACUACCUAUUUAGGGGCUGAAACGAGGCAUUGAACCAUGUUGUGACUCGAACCCCUGGGCUCCUCGAUCCCAAGAACUAUCCUUGUCCUUAUGGUCACCCCGUGGCUUCUUCUUCGGGUGCUGGGACUUCUGCCGCGGGGGCAUCUAGAGCUAACGCUCAGGCCGAGUCUUCGAGCGAGGAGGAAGGCACUGCUUCGGGAGAAGAGGAGGAAGGCGCUGCUUCGGGAGAAGAGGAGGAAGGCGCUGCUUCGGGAGAAGAGGAGUCAUCCGACUCCGAGGAGGAGUAGAUUAGUAUUUAUGCUCGCUUUUGGCCCUUCGUGGCUUGUUGUCUGUCUAGUUUAACUUAUCUAGUGGCCUUGCAUGGCAUUCAUGAACUUGACUUAGCUUAUGUUGUAAGAGUCGUACCGUAACUCUCAAGCUAUUAAUCUAACUAUUUCGUAUUCAAGCUUCUA